AACCUAGCUAGUGUUAUCCGUUAGCCGAUGCGGGGUUGGCUGGCUUUCGAUCGAUCACACGAGACAUGUAGAGAUGGACGCCUUGGCGGCCAUGCACUGUAUUUAGUUCGUCGUUUACACGCGCGUUUUCAACCUAGGUAGAGAUGGAACCCGUGGCGGGGCUCUCGGCCCUUGCGGCGGUGGCGCUGCUGCUGCUGCUGCUAAGCGUGCACCGGUGGAGGAACCCUCGGUGCAACGGCCGGCUCCCGCCGGGGUCCAUGGGACUCCCGCUCGUCGGCGAGACGUUCCAGUUCUUCUCCCCCGACGCCUCCUUCGACAUCCCUCGCUUCAUCCGAGACAGGCUCACGAGGUACGGCCCGAUCUUCAAGACGAGCGUGGUGGGGCACCCGGUGGUGGUGUCGGCGGACGAGGAGCUAAACCACAUGGUGUUCCAGCAGGAGGGGGAACUGUUCCAGAGCUGGUACCCGGACUCGUUCGUGGAGAUCCUCGGCCGCGACAACGUCGGGGAGCAGAAUCGUACCAUGUUCAAGUACCUCAAGAACGUGGUGCUCAGGUACUUCGGCCCGGAGAGCCUCAAGGAGUCCAUCCUCCGCGACGUCCAGCGCGCCGUCUGCAGCUCGCUCUGCACCUGGUCCACCCUGCCGGCCGUCGAGCUCAAAGAAGCCGUCUCCACCAUGGUGUUUGAACUUUCCGCGAGCAAGCUGCUAGGCCUGGAGCCGUCGAGGUCCAAGGUUCUACGGAAGAGCUUCUUCGACUUCGUUCGAGGGCUCAUCUCCUUCCCGCUCUACUUGCCAGGAACAGCUUACUACGCAUGCAUGCAGGGACGGAUGAGUGCAAUGGAGGUGCUGCAGCAGGUUCUGGAGGAGAGGACGAGAUCGGCUGAGGCGGCCGGAGGAGGGGAAGCACGGUGCCACGGCGACUUCCUGGACUACGUCGUGCAGGAGAUCACCAAGGAGAAGCCGGUGCUGACGGAGGGAAUGGCGCUGGACCUCCUGUUUGUGCUCCUCUUCGCCAGCUUCCACACCACGUCGCUGGCCAUCACCCUGGCCGUCAAGCUCCUCACCGACAACCCUCGCGUCCUCGAGGAGCUCAUGGUGGAGCAUGAAACGAUUCUGAACCAGCGUGAGGCAGGCGGCGAGUCUGAUGGAGACAGAGUUACAUGGAAAGAGUACAAAUCCAUGACAUUCACAUCCCAGGUGAUAAACGAGACGGUCCGACUGGCCAACAUUGCGCCUGGCAUCUUCAGAAAGACACUGAAAGAUGUACAGUUCAGAGGAUACACAAUUCCAGCUGGAUGGGGAGUGAUGGUCUGCCCUCUCGCGGUGCACCUGAAUCCAGAUAUCUACCCUGACCCGCUCACCUUCAAUCCUUCAAGGUUCAAGGAUAAACUAGAGGCAAACCGUGGGUCAAGACACUUCAUGGCUUUCGGAGGAGGUCUCCGGUCCUGUGUUGGAGCAGACUUCAGCAAGCUACAAAUGGCCAUUUUCCUUCACUUUCUUGUCACCAAAUAUAGGUGGAUACAACUAGGUGGAGGCAAGAUAGUCCGGUGUCCAGGGCUGGAAUUUCCUGAUGGUUACCUCAUUCAGAUCAGACAGAGAGACUAAUCAACACCUGCUUUCAAGUCAUGCUAGCAGUAGGAAAAGCUUAUAUCACACGUGUACAAUUGUUCUAGCAUGUUGUUUGAUGAAAUAACAGUUGUGCAGAAGUAUUUCUAUUC